AUGUCACUGGUAUCAUCAUUAAAAGACUCUGCCUCCAUCCUGCCUUCCCUACAGAAAAACCAAGUGGCCUUAGAAGAGACUUGGGCUCUGCAGAAGUGGAACUUGAGGCUGGGGCUAGUGCCAGUAACUUCAUGUGUCAGGUUAGAGAUUUUGAUGCUGUUAAUGAUUUUUCUGCCAAGCAUGUACUGUCACCUGAGAUUGGUAUAUUAUGCUUCCUAUGAAAUAAUUAUUCCUAAGAGACUAACAAUCCAGGAAAGAGAUAACCUAGUGGAAAAAACAUCUUAUCUGCUAUUUAUGCAAGGCCAGAAGCACCUGGUUCACCUGAAGGUGAAGAGAGACUAUUUUGUGAAUAACUUUCCAGUCUACAGUUACCACAAUGGCAUGCUGAGGCAAGAAUUGCCUUUCAUUUCACAUGACUGUCACUAUGAAGGCUACACAGAAGGAGUGCCAGGUUCUUUUGUUUCUGUCAACACCUGUUCAGGCCUCAGGGGCAUCCUGAUUAAGGAGGAAAAAUCUUAUGGCAUUGAACCCAUGGACUCUUCAAAGCAGUUUGAACACGUGUUAUACACCAUGGCACAUCAAGUGCACGUCUCCUGUAGUGUCACUUCCAAAGACAGCCAAGCGGUGUCCACCAGCUGGCAACGAGGGAGCAGGAAGCCUCAUCAUCUACAGGCACUGUCCUACUUGUGGUCACACGCCAAAUACGUGGAGAUGUUUGUCGUGGUCAACAACCAGCGGUUCCAGAUGUGGGGCAGUAACAUCAGUGAGACAGUCCAGAGAGUAGUGGAUAUUGUUGCUCUGGCCAACAGCUUCACUAGGGGAAUAAACACAGAGGUGGUGCUAGCUGGAAUGGAGAUUUGGACUGAGGGGGAUCUAAUAGAGGUCCCAGUGGACUUGCAGGUUACACUGAGGAAUUUCAAUAGCUGGAGACGAGAGAAGCUCUUCCAUCGUGUGAAGCAUGAUGUUGCCCACAUGAUCGUUGGACACCAUCCUGGAGAGAGUAUGGGCCAGGCAUUUCUCAAUGGUGCCUGUUCAAGCGGUUUUGCGGCAGCUGUUGAAUCCUUCCACCAUGAAGAUAUCCUCCUGUUUGCAGCGCUCAUGGUCCACGAGCUCGGGCACAACCUGGGUAUUCAGCACGACCACUCGGCCUGCAUGUGUAAGGAUAGGCACUUUUGCCUCAUGCAUGAAAAUAUCACUAAACAAAGUGGCUUCAGCAACUGUAGUUCUGACUACUUCUACCACUUCCUUCGUGAACACAAAGGGGCCUGCCUAUUUAACAAGCCGUGGCACAAAGGCCGCAAGCGUAGGGAUCCCAGCUGUGGAAAUGGUGAGGUAGAGGAACCAGAGGAGUGUGACUGUGGUUCUGCUUGUGAUCAAAACCCAUGCUGUGACUCGAACUGUAAACUGAAGGAAAAUGCACAGUGUAGUGAAGGACUCUGCUGUGCUUCGUGUCAACUUAAACUGAUGGGAAACCCUUGCCGUGACGCUGAGCAUCAAUGUGACCUCACAGAAUAUUGUGAUGGUACAUCUGCCUCAUGCCCUGAAGACAGGACUAUGCAAGAUGGCUCAAUUUGUAAUGACAAGUACCUUUGUCUUCAAGGUGUGUGUGUAGACCCUAACAUUCAGUGUGCGAAGGUAUUUGGGGAUGGUGCACAAUCUGCAUCACGGGCCUGUUACAGUUUAAUAAAUGGAAAAGGGGACCGGUUUGGAAACUGUGGCUGUUCUCGUGUAAGUGAUAACGACUAUGUUAGAUGUACAGGUGAAGAUGUAUUGUGUGGGAAACUUGUAUGUACAGGUAUUGAAUUGUUACCAACAACCGAAUCCCACCGUACAAUGAUCCAGGUCCCUCUUCAACAUGAGUGGUGCUGGAGCUUAGAUGCCUUUACCAAUGUUGACAUCCCUGAUGAAGGCGAUGUGUUGAGUGGCACUUACUGUGGUCCACGGAAAGUCUGCUUGAAUUUCUCUUGCACAGAUUAUAGCUCGGUCUCGCUUGCCUGUGAUCCAGAGACAACGUGUAAUAAGAAAGGAGUUUGUAAUGAUUUAGGGCACUGUCACUGUGAAUCUGGGUAUGCCCCACCUGACUGCACAACUGCAGGACAAGGGGGUAGUGUGGACAGUGGCCCUGCUGGUAAGCCAACUGAACCAUUGCCCCCACAAGAGGGACCUCAAAAUGUUACCACUACGAAACAGGAAGAAUUUACUAUAGAUGUAAUUGUAUUAUUCGUCAUCAUACUUUUAAUACUUCUAAUAUCAGGUAUGCUUAUUUGCUUCAUGGGGCUUCAUAAAAAACCACCAAAAGCUGAAGAGGCUCCUCCUCCACCAGCAGAGGCUCCAUCACCAGCCCCAGAAAAGCCAGAAGAGGCUGUGGAAGAGGCUGCUGUGGAAGAAGAGGCAGGAGAAGGAGAAGGAGAAGGAGAAGGAGAAGAGGAAGAAGGGGAAGAGGAAGAGGGAGAAGAAGAGGAGGACUGA